AUGGCCCAGUCCCCUCCUCUGCACAGCCUUCUGGGCCACGACCACUGGAUCUUGCCCCAGGGCUGGGGCUGGGCCGGCCACCCGGACUCCACGUCCCCGGCCUCCUCCUCGGACUCUUCGGGCUCGUGCCCCUGCGACCCCUCGCAGCCCGCGCUCCCGGCCCGCGGCGCCCGCUCCGCAGAGGCCGCCCCAACGGCUCCCGGACGAGGCCGCAGCGGGCCGGCUGGCGGGCAGCGGCAGAGCGCCAGCGAGCGCGAGAAGCUGCGCAUGCGCACGCUCGCCCGCGCCCUGCACGAGCUGCGCCGCUUUCUGCCGCCGUCCGUGGCGCCCGCCGGCCAGAGCCUCACCAAGAUCGAGACGCUGCGCCUGGCCAUCCGCUACAUCGGCCACCUGUCGGCCGUGCUGGGCCUCAGCGAGGAGAGCCUGCAGCGGCGGCGGCGGCGGCGCAGCGACGCGGCGGCGGCGCCUCGGGGCUGCCCGCUCUGCCCCGACGGCGGCCCCGCGCAGGCGGCGACGCAGGUGCAGGUGCAGCCGCGCGCCCCGGGCGUGGGCUCUGCCGCCGGCGCCGCAGCGUCGUGGGGGUCCCCGCCGGCCUGUCCCGGAGCACUAGCGGCGCCCGAGCGCCUGGGGAGCAGGGUGCCCGAACUGGAUCCCUGGGUUACACCCCCUUACUGCCCUGGGAUGCAGUCGCCCCCGCAACUCUCCCAAGGGGGAGCCCCUGAGACGGCCCUUUGGACACCGCCCCAGGCCUGUUCCAGAACGCAGACGUCCCCGGAACCUAGGAACCAGGCCGUGCCCUGGACGCCGCCCCCCGCGGCCCGGGAGCUGGCUGUAGUGUAUCAGGGUAUCUCUGUGUCUCCAGAGUCCUGUGUGUUGCCAGAAACCCCACCCCUCCUGUCCCACCCAGCAUGCCAGAGACUCCAGCCUCAGACCCAGUGGGGAUGCUGGAGCCACAGUGCAGAGGAGCUCCCCAGCUCAGAGGACCAGGGACCAGGCCCUGCCUUCCAGCCCGGUGACCAAAGCCCAUCCCAAAGCUCAGGCCUGCAGCUCAGUGGCUGCCCUGAACUUUGGCAAGAAGAUCUGGGGGGGGCCCACCUGGGCGUCUUCUACUGA